CAGCUGAUGGAUUUCUUGUUUUUUUUUGUCACAGGGAAAGAAAGAAUGCUUUGCUUCUAGCCUCUUCAUUUGUUAUGACUUGAUCCGUCCUGAUGUUGCUCUUGAACUUGCCUGGAUGAACAAUAUGAUUGAUUUUGCUUUCCCAUACUUGCUACAGUUUAUUCGUGAGUAUACUAGUAAAGUUGAUGAGCUCAUAAAACAUAAGAUUGAGGCACAAAAUGAGGAGAAAACUAAAGAAAAGGAAGAGAAGGAUUUGGUUGCACAACAGAAUAUGUACGCACAAUUGCUGCCUCUUGCAUUGCCAGCCCCGCCUGGUAUGGGAGGUCCAGCCAUGGGUGGAGCUUACGGACCCCCACCAGUUCCACCAAUGGGAGCUAUGGGAAUGCCUCCCAUGCCACCAUUUGGCAUGCCUGCUAUGGGGAGUUACUGAGGAUUUUGGUGACACCUUGUAAACUCGGAAGUUAGAAUGUACUUGUAGAUGUUGGGAGGGUGUUGAUGAAAUCAGCAGUCGAAGUCUUUUGCUGUUGAUGUUAGUGUUUUCAUGCAUUUCUUAUUCUUUCUUGAAGCAGUGAUUGACUGCGAUUGAGUCUAAACUCAGGCUUUUGUAUGAUCGUUAUAUGGAGUGGUUGCUGUAUUUUGUAUAGGAUCUCUUCACGCAGAGUAAACUAUUGUUUUCUUUUCA